AUGUAUGGUAUCUACAGCCUAGGCCUUCUACUCCUCGAAAUCGCUUACUGGCAGCCCCUGAAUAUGCUCAUGUCCUUGAAAGAAUGGCCGGAUCCGUCCCCUCAAGAUGCCCGAAUUCGUGGCUGGCUUCUGGAGGAAGGGCGAUUCCCGCCCUUCGAAGAUGCAAACUCGCUCCGCGUAUUACGCCACACCGUCGGGGACAGAUAUUGGAGGGCGACUCCCCGAUGUAUUGUGGCUCAUGGUGAGUUGGGAAUGCGUGUCGAAGAGGAUGGCGACGAGACGAACAACUCGAGCAUCGGCGUUGAACUCCAUACAGCCUUUACGGACCUUGUCGUCGACGAACUGAAAGGCGUCGUGGUAUAG